AUGCCGACCAAGUGCGCGGGCAUCGACGGGCUGGCAUGCGCCUUCGGCCUCCAUGGUGGAGCCUUGCAGACCGGCGGCGGGUACACACGCUGCGUGUGGUGCAGUGCAGAUCGCAUGGCCAAGGCCGUUGACACCAAGCCCGGACGGGCGAAUCUGAGCAAGGCACUCAAGGCCAUGGGCGCGGAGCAGCAGCAACGAGCCCUUCGCAGGGUGCCCGCGGGAUUCCGUGCUGCCUUCGAGGCCAUGGUUGCACGAGCGGACUACUGCCCUGGCGUUGUCGGCGAGGCUUGCGUCUUUGCCGAGGCCGACGCUGGGCGGCCUGUGCAAUUGAAGGGCAAGCAAGCCCGGUGCACCUUCUGCGACGCAGAGGCGCUGACAGCGGCGUGCGCCACCGCCGCCGGCCGUGACAAGCUGCUGCCGUGGCUUCGCCGCAUGGCGGCGGCUUCCCGGGAAAAGGCUGUGGAAGAGAGGCUGGGCGAAGAACACCGCGCCUACUUUCGUCUUGCCUUGGCCGGCGCUCCGGGGCGAGGCUUGCAGCGGGCAUCUCGCAAGCGCCCCGCUGCGGCUGCUGACACCUGGGCACAUGUCGUGGGCAAGCGCUCGUCGCACACAGCUCCGGCCUCCGCGAGCGCCAAGAAAAAGUAUCGGCAAGAGGUGCUGGACGACCGGGCCCGGGCCCGUCGACACUUCGGAUUGGCGGGCCGAGCCGUUCGAGGAGAAGAGGUUUCCAAUGACACUGGGCUCCCCCCACCCAAGCGGAGCAAGUUGGCCUUGGACAUCUACAACUGGUGUUGCAACACUUUAUGGGGCAUGUGCCGGGUGUGUUCUUCGAUGGUGCCCAUGCCUCUGACGCCCUCGCGGAUGUCCAACUCUCGACCUUCACCCUGGGCAACGCUGAGCGAAUGCAGCCGCUGUCAGGCCAAGGUUCGUUGCAACGCUCCCGUGCCCGAGGAUGUUCCCGAAGCUCUUCGGGGCCUAGCUCCUGAUAGCAUCCAAGCCUUGGCCCUUCUGGAGAUUGAUGUGGGCCCUGAGAUCCGCGCCGCCCACAACAGCGGCUACCGGCGGCAGCACGCCACCAUGGCUCGGUUCUUCUGGCACAGCCGGUCGAGCAAGGAUCGCAUCAAGGACCUCGUCGACGAGGAGCAGCGGACCAAAGCGUUGGCCGCCCGGCGCUUCCUCCUCGACGCGGACGGUUGCUCCUAUCGCAAGUUUGAGACCGAGCACAAGAAGUUCUUGGGCAAGCAUCCCACUGCGGACGCGUGCUCUCGGCGCCGCCGCCUAGCCUACAUCGAAACCCCAGGGUUGGAAACUGCCGUCUGGCCUCACCUCUUCUACCAGGACUCGCUCUGCUUGACCGUGGUCCGCAGCACGGACGCUCGGCGGCUCGGCCGCGCAGCGGGGCCGACGAUGGAGGACUUCGUGCACGGCAACGUCGCCUCCGAGAACGAAGAUGCCGAGGAGGCGGGCGACGACGGGCAACGGCACAGCAUCAAGCGAGCCUAUGCGGCGCUCGCCUUGAGCGCCCGCAUUGGGUACGGCUCCAGCUACGACGUCCUCCAUUUCGCUUACGAUCUGUUCUUGUGGUCUGCCCUGGGGGCGAAGAAACGCACAAGCCUCGACUACGACAUUCCAAUGCGGGUUCUCAUGAAGGGUCACUCCUUCUCACCCCUCUAUUGGAAAGCUGUCCACUGGGGCCUGAUCGAUUUGGUUCGGCAGCUGGACUACCCGAAGCUCUUCUGGACGCUGUCGCCCUACGAGUGGUCCUUUCCAUAUCCGCCUUGGAUUUUGGACGAGAUGUCCAAAGAGCUGCGCGGCCGCUUGCACUUGGCCGUGCCGGAGAGCCUGCACAUUACCCACGUGCUCUUGCAAGUGGUGCGAGGUGCCUUGGCCGGCCAAACGGGCAACAAGUCCAAAGAUCCGUGGCGCAGCCACCUCCUCCACGCCUUGGACUCCGAUGGGCGGCCGCAAUCGGUGCAUGUGUUCUUGCGGAUCGAGUUUCAGGAUGGCACCAGGAAGGCGCCCACGCAGGACUAUCACGGCUCGGGCCGCCCCCAUGUCCAUGUCCUCGUGUUUGCGCCCAAAGAAGCGCUCCGCAGCAUGAAGCUCGAGGAGUCCGUCUUCGCCACGCUCCCAGAGCCCUUGGACGAGAACGAUCCCUUGCCGGGCAUCGUGGAGGGCUCGCAGCUGGACCGGGCAGGUCGCAGCGGAUGGCCACUUCACAUGGAAAGCAGCCAGUGGGACUCGGCCACAGACACUCUCUUGCUUCAUCGCAACCGGGAUAACAAGGCCAAGGGGCUUCGACCCUACUUCCUUCCUGUCAUGGAGGCCUUGCGCUGUCACCAAGACUUGCAAGUGUCUGACGAUGAUGGGGUGCUUCGGUCCUACGUGGCCAAAUACGUGAGCAAGUUCAGUGAUUCAAGUCAGGACGAAUGGCUCAACGACUCCGCCCAGGGCAAUGCCAUCGCUGCCACAGUCCUCUGCCGGUAUCGGCCCUGCGAGCCAGAGCUCGCUUCCGGCAAUGGUUUGUCAGCACCGAGGGCCGCCGGCCACAUCUCCUUGCUGGACUUUCUUCGCAAGACGAACCGCAGUGGGCAAAUUGCGGCAUGGCUCAAGAAGCUUCACGCCGCCAGCGGCAGCGCAGAGACCUUGGAGUCCUUCGCCACCCACUUCAUGGUGCAUGGGCAGCAGAUCGUGGCUGCAGACACCCUGAGCAAGUUCAAUGACAAUUUCUUCGGCCAGUGGCUGCUACUACACGUCCCCUUCCGCCGGGUGGAGGACUUCUACGAGCCCAUCGCAGACAAGUUGGCCUUGAUCCCCAGGGAACACCACAACUUCGCGAUGGCCGUCCUCUGCGAGCACCCGGUCGCCAGGGAGAUGUGGAGCGACCCGGAGCGCUUUGAGGCGGAGUUGCGCCUGGAGGCAACCACAAAGUCCUUUAUGAAGACAUUGCUGGGCAUGGUGGCCGCUCAUCGCACACUGGUGCACAAGUACUUGUCCGGUGCGGCCGACGCCGCCGCGGAGGAAGCCGGGCGAGAGGCCAACCAACCGGCCGCCGUUGCCGCCGGGCCGGCGGACCAUCGGUUCAAUCGGCAGCAGCGGCACCUCCAGGGUCGGGUAGACGAGGCAGUGGAUCGCUACAUGGCGGCCAAGGCCGCGGAGCACGAGGAGGCGGCCGAGCCGUGGGUGGAGGACGCCUACCGGAACGGCAAGAUCUUUGCUUGCACUGGAGGGCCAGGCACGGGCAAGACCACCGUGGCCUUGGCGUGUUUGCAGCGGGUGCUAGAGCUCGGUGCUAGAGCUCGGGGGUAG